AUAUAUACUAUAGGAAAAUUAUACGUAGAAUUUUAUUGCAGUGAGUACAUUUAACUUUUGUUUGUCCAUUUUUUGGAUAUUUUCCAAAUAUAUUUUGAAGAUGACUUUGAUGUUGAAACACUAAAAGUAAAAACAAAACACAAACUCCCUCUCAGCUUCUUUUCUGCUAAUCAAAGAGUUUCUAUUGCAAAAAUACAGUGAGAAUUUCCUGUAUUGUGAUAUCCGGAACAUUUUAGAAGCUGGUAGUUUUACUGCUUCUUGGUCAGUACUGCACAUAUGUGGCUCACCAAUAGAGGUUCAGGAACAUCCUGUAAAAACAUACUUGUUUGUUUUAAAUUUCUUCGCGCACAGCUUUCGGAUUCCUUUGCUUCCAGCCCAGUUCUGUGAUCGAGCACCACUUUUCCCCAACAAGCACUCCUCGGGCCUUCCCUGCAUCCACCUGGGACAUCAUCUCUCAUGGCAGCUUUUCAGAACAAUUUAUGGAGCCUGACUUCAGGAACCUUGGCAGUAGUGUGCCUUUCGUUGAUGGCUACUUUGGGAAUUUUACUGAAAAAUCAAAGUACUCAGCCAACACCCUCUCCAGGAUCCACUAUAGAACCCCAGAGAGGCUCUUGCCAAGAAAAGUGGAUUGGGUACCAAUGCAAUUGUUACUUCUUUUCCAAUGAAGAAAAAACUUGGGCAGAAAGUAGGGAUUUCUGUGCUUCUCAGAAUUCCAGUCUUCUUCAGUUGGAAAGCAAAAAUGAAUUAAGGUUUUGGAUCUCCAGUAGACGUUAUUACUGGAUUGGACUCACUUAUAAUGAAAAACGUGGUGCGUGGCUGUGGGAGGACGGCUCUGCUCCUUCCCAGGAUGUGUAAGUUUCUGGCAGCCUGGUGCUCCCUUUUCUACUCUUUCUGAGUUUAUGCUUAGAUCGCAUCAGUGCAGGUAACACGCAGGAGCACUGCAGUAAUCGCAUGUCCAGGGCGUGAGGUUGCAGAAAGAGAAUAGUGUAGCAGAAUACAACUGCAGGCCAAUCCAGAAAAUUCAAGUUCAUGCUCAGGUCACAUGAACUUUAGUGUUCUGGGCCCAUAAGAUAACUUUUGACUUUUUUCCCCAUUUUUCCUUGGAGCAAACACAUAGACUUGCCAGUACAGGCACACGUACUCACAUCCUCACAUACACAGCAGCACUGACUCAGCAGUCCCGGCAGUCGAGAUACAGCAGGAUAUGCCUUCCUUUCUUUAUUCUGUUGGAGCCAAAAUUCUCAACAUACUCCCAAUGUUUCAAACAUUCUGGGUUUAUCUUUUGUAUGUUUGUAAACUUUGAAUGUUAUUUUCAUUCAUAAACAUGUAAUUUCCACAUAAUACAAUGGUGAAUUAUAAGCUCUGAUUUGUUUCUCUAGACUAAAUAAGGUAAUGAAUUUUUUUAAACAAAAUAAAAGUAUAUUAUGCAUCAAAAUGAUUAACACCAAAGGCAAGAACAAUAACCAAAAAUCUCUAGUCCCAAUACUAUUUAUUUAAGAGGGAGUAACUAAGGUUUGUGCAACAAUAUAAUCUGAAAUCUGAAAACUAUGGUUAUUAAAUGGAAAAAAAUUAUGAUUAAAUAUGCUAGUAUCUCAUUUAAAUGCUUCUGAAAGUUCUAUCAUUAAUCUGAAAUCUUUGCACCUGAGUGUUUUCAUACCCUUUUCCCAGAUGCUAAUAUUUUUUGUCUUCAUUACAGAUAUCCAUUUGUUCAAAUUCUAAAUCCACAGAGCUGCAUAUUAUAUAAUAGUGAUGCUAUGUCGGAUGAAGAUUGUGAGAAGAAAUAUGGUUUUAUCUGUAAGCAACAGCUUAUUUAAGUGUUUCUUGGGGUCGGGGAACAAUGCGGGCUCAGGUUUACCUUUUAUUUCUUAUAGUGUUACUAGUUAUCUACUUCUUAGGUCUAUAAAUUUUUCAAUAUUCUGUCUUAUACAAUUUGUACAUAUUUGAAUACAUGUGUUUUAAAAUUGAUUAAAUUUCUGUGCCUAUGCUUGAAUUUAUUAAGCAUCGAGAUAAAGAAUGUUAUGAAUAUUUAGAUUUUAUAUGUUUAAUAUUAAAUGUAGUUUCAUAGUUUCACGCAUCUUUUCUUGCAAAUUACCUCUGCAGAAAUUUAAGGAAAGUUUACAACACCAAAUAAUAUAUAUCAACAUUAUUUCAGUGCUCCAUUUGGCAUACUAAAUUGGAAAAGCCCGUCUUCACCUUUCUAAAAGUAAAAAUAUUUUUAAUGCCUUUUGUUAGCUCUUUCUGGAAAUAC